AUGGCGAGCAAUGCGAGCAAGGAAGAACGGCGUGUGGUGAUCUUCGACGUGGGCGGCGUGGUGGCCGACUCGCCGAUCAAUGCCAUCCGGGAAUUCUGCCGGGCGCGGCAAAUAGAGGAUUUGAACCCAUUCCUCUUUUCCUCCUCCGCUUGGCAUCGCCUGGAGCGAGAUCAACUGGCUUGGACGGACUUCCCGGAGGCGGCGUUGGCGGAAUGUCGAGAACGACAAUUUCAGCCGGGCGUUGCUUUGGGUGUUGAGGGCUGGCGGGACCUGCAGAAGGUCAUCAAGAGUGGUUAUGCACAACUGCGACCCGAGAUGUUGGAGGCCAUCCACAGGCUUCGCCAAGCUGGCUUCGUGGUUUGUGCCUUGACGAACAACUUCGCCGAGGCCAAAGGCUCGGCGGCAGCAGAGGCCCUGGCAAGGUUCCGAUCUCUCUUCGACCAUUUCAUCGAGUCUGCCUCCAGUGGCAUGCGAAAGCCGGAGGUGGCGUUCUAUCAGCACGCGCUGCAGACGAUAGGUUGCCGCGCCGAAGAGGCGAUCUUCUUGGAUGACAUCGGGAAGAACCUCAAACCCGCAGCAGCCAUGGGCAUUUGGACCAUCCACGUGGAAAAUGGCCGGCCGAAGCAGUACCUGGAAGCUCUUCAGAAGCUUCAGGCCCUGGUGAAGAUCCCUUUGAGCUCUGAACCGUCCAAGCUCUGA